CAUUUUGACCCAAUAUAUAUAAAAUCUUAAAAUACCUGUCAAGUCGGGCCAUGGAAAAGUUUUCAGAAGCAGAACAGAAUUAGGGAACGCGUUAAUAUUUUUAGGAAACUUCGGAAUUAGAGUAGGAUUAGGAUUACCAGUCCCAACCUAUAUAUACAUGGUUGCUAGAGGGUUAAUUAUUCUGUUAAAAAAAAAAAAAAAAAAAAAAAAAAAAAGAAUUUACGAUGAAGAUGGUGAAGUUGAUGGUGAAGGCGAAAGAGCAAACCAGGUGCACUUCGGCUAGGCUUUUGUUAUGGAACGAGGAACUAACGAGGAAUCAGGUAUCAGAAUCUGAAGGUCUGUGUGUGAUUAUAAUUCGAAGGAAAUACAUGAGGCUUAAUCCUUGUGAAUGUGGUAGUUCUGAUUGCGAUACUUUGGAGGAUAGUUGUUGCUCUACUGUCAUCCCCUUUGAACUCUCAAGAUUACUAAACAAGGAUUCAUCCUUAUUUCGUAUGCUUCUAGCUGCUACUCUUCAAUUCCCCUCUAAAAACAUUCUACAACUCACCAAAUCUAUCUCUACUUGCCUUUUCACUCAAUUUGAGUUUUCUCAACCACCACCGCCACCACCACGACCUACAUAUGUGAUUGCCCUUGAAAUUUCACACAAUCUCUUUAUCGAUUACACGUCACAUGCUUUUGUUAAGCUGAGUGCUUUACCCUGGAGACCUCCCGUUAUCCCGUUGUUUUGUAGGUUUGAAAAAGAGUGGGAUGAGGAAGAGGAACUUCGUACUUGCGCACGUAGUCUGUCUACAACUGAUUUCAUGAAUGAUCCAUAUCAUGGCUACUACGGUGUAGUCCUCCAGUGUCUCUAUGCGUUAAGGGAAUAUACUGGUGAAGCUGGAAUUUGCCCAACUAAACCACCUAUUGCUGCAGAUGUACCAAAAGGACUUGUGGAACUCAGAGCCGCUCCUACUCUCCUACACUACCAACACAAUGAAGAUAGCAGAGAUCUAAUGGACGAAACUUGCCCCGUUUGCUAUCAAGAUUUUAAAGAAAAGAGUCAGGUGAUUACAACUAAUUGUUUGCACGAAUUUCAUACUAAGUGUCUACUAUCAUGGCUAUCAAAGAAAAAUACGUGCCCAACUUGUCGAGCUGUUUAUCCUUUGCAUUAUUCGCCCUCUUCCAGCUGCCGUAAACGUCCUGACCACAACAUAUUGGAGGCUUAUUAGUCUCUUCCAGAGGGAACUGCAUCUGUGGUUGGGCUGAUUGCCAGAUGAUUAAUCAUUACUGCAACUUGGUAUGAUUUAAAAUAUAUUGAAUUUGAGUAUGAGGAAGAUGGUGGGCUAUAUGUUUUAUCCGUUCGCACAUCCUGACUCCCUUCCCCAUCCACCAGACUUAACCUUCUGUUCCUAUUUGAUUCAAGCUGAAGGAGUAGAAUAGCACAUGAGAUACUAGAAUUUUAGCUUUUUGGCAUCUAAAGUAUGGAAUUGCUCUAACACUUAAAAAAAUGCAUUUUGUCUUGAACAGAAAGUCCUUGCAAGCUAUUAUUAAAUCAACAUCUGGAAAGAUGAGGCCAUCCAUUAUGUCGUAGCAAAGCACUGGUCUUACUGUGGACAAGAAAAACUUUCUGCUCGACGUUACCUCUUAUAUCUGUUCAUGGUUGUGAGUUAUAGUGUUUAAAUAUUGUAGCUGAGUUUUGUUUCAAGUAUUUGCUGUUGAAGUAACUUGAUUAUGGGAUGUCAGGAAGCAAGGCAGUGAGCAAGAAAGUAAUGAGGAUGCUGGAACAUCUCAAAAAUUUGCUCGUCUAAUAUUUUUACAACAUCUGAGAUGGCAUCCCCAUUAGCAGUUAGUCAUUGCUGUUUAACUGUGUUGAAGAAGAAGCAUUUGGGAGGUAUGUUGCCCCUUCUACCCCUCCUGAAACAAGAAAAGAUAAGUUAAAAUAAAUGAGGAACUAUUCCUAUGAAUAGAAAGAAUAGAGUAUCUUGGAGGAGACUCACUUGCACCAAUAGUGGACCCCCAAAAUGGACUUUCAUCUUAUAUUUAGCUGUGUUGGGCAGACUAUAUACUAGAGAUAGACUCUUUGGAUGGGGUAUUGUUGAUCACACAAAUUGUCCACUGUGUGGAGAUGCAGAUGAAACUGUUGAGCAUUUGUUUUUCCGAUGUGCACCAGCUCAUAACAUAUGGCUGGCAAGAAAUCAAAUAGGAUGGCAGGAUGAGGUGAUCUGGGCAAGUACUAUGAUGCAUGGGAAGAGUCCUAAAGCCGAAUUGUACAGAGUAGUUACGGCUGGAGCAGUCUACAACAUUUGGCUAGAAAGAAAUCAACGAGUGCUCAAGAACAUACAGAGGCAACCUUCAGCUAUUGUUUGUGUGAUUAUUCAAGAGGUUUUCCUGAAGACUAGUAGUAAUAGGAAACUGGCACCAACCUUAGAGUCUUUAAACUUUUAUCCUUAGUUAGUAGCAGUGGAAGUCGUACUUGAGGUAGUUGUUUAAACAUAGGCUUGUAGUAGAUGUUUGUGUCCAUCAGCUAGUGUUCAGUUUUUUUUUCCUUGUGUAAAGUUUAUAAUUGGUAUAAAUUCGUUAGUUACCAAAAAAAAAAAAAAAAAAAAAGAGAGAUUAGAUUAUCUCUAAUUGACCUAAAUUAAAAUAUUUCUUGCUUGUUAUUCUUUCUUACUGUUCAUUGUCACCAGUGCAUUAUACUUACAAGCAGUAUUGGCUUUUCUCAUGGUUUCAUUUGGUUUAGCUUCUUUCCAGAUGACCUAUUUACAAAUU